AUGAUCAAAGCUCACGAUGCAGGCUACCUCAACAUACGACUCGAACGAAGAGCACGAACGUUCCUCUCGCUAGCCAUCCUGAGCUUCCUCGCCGCACUCUUCUGCUUCCGCCAUCUUCUCUACACCUCCUGGACGCUGGCCGCCCUCCCCGUCACCUGGGCCGCCGACCGCGAAAGCUUCAUCCUCUCCCUAGAACGGGAUGCCUUCGACGUCACCUUUGCCAACUACAGCAUAGGCCAGCUCUCGGCCGGUGCCCCCUACGAGGAUCUGGUGCCCCCCGUGCUGCACCACAUCGCCCUCGGCAGACACGACGGCACGCAUUGGCGGACGGAGUGGAAGGAGACGGUGCAGAGCUGCAUCGACAUCCAUCCGGGCUGGGAGACGCACGUCUGGACAGACGAAACGGCCUCGCGGUUCGUCGAAGACAAGUUCCCCGACCUCAAGGCCAUGUGGGACAGCUACGCGUAUCCCGUCCAACGGAUCGAUGCCCUCCGCUACAUGCUCCUCUACGAAUACGGCGGCGUCGUGCUGGACAUGGACCUCCAGUGCCGGCGCGCCCUGGGGCCCCUCCGCCGCUUCAGCUUCGUCGCCCCCGAGGCCCAUCCCGCGGGCUUCUCCAUCGGCUUCAUGAUGGCCAGCAGGCGCAACGGCUUCGUCGGCGCCCUCGUGGCCCACCUGGAGGCUUACAACAGGCGCUGGCUGGGGCUGCCGUACGCGACGGUCAUGUUCAGCACGGGCUGCCACUACGCCUCGGUGGUGCACGCCGCGCAGCCGCAGCCUGGCCGGGGCGAGCUCAAGAUCCUGCCGGGGCCGCUGCACAGCCUCAACGGGCGGGCGACGACGCCCAUAUUCGAGCACCUGGGGAGUUCGUCGUGGCACUCGUACGACGCGAGGUUCGUCGUUUCGAUGGGACGGAGGUUGUACCAGAUUGUCUUUUUCUGCGUGGGUGUCAUGCUGGCGCUGUUUGUCAAGAGACGGUUGAUGCUACGGAGGGUGUGUGGGAGCUGCAUGAGAGAUCGAUCAGUUGUAUAA